AUGACGCCUUGGGGAGGUCUGGCUCUCUCUGAAUCCUCUUUUACCUCAAUCCCCCCGCCACCCCCUCCACGGCCCCCUCCACUUCCACCUCCACCACCUCCUGCUCCUCAGCCCACGCCAUCCACUCCUUAUCGUGGGAGACAGAACGAAGACGAGGAAGUUUCAAGUUCAAGUUUUAACUCUGAGGCUCCAUCUCCACCUGGUGCGGUCCCGCGGGACAGUGUGGGUGGAGGGGGUAGAGGAUUACGGAGGCGGAGGUUGUUGCCCCAGCGUCGGGUGCCACGUCCUCCCCGUCUCCCACCACUGCGUCCCGUCACCAACCUCAGUUUCUCUCGAAGCUUCACCUUCUCUUUCUUCGAGCUGCCGCUGCACCAGUCUCCUCGCUGCCGGGCCGAACGCAUCAGAAACCUCAUGCUGCUUUUGAGACAGAUACACUACUGAAGAAUCAGUGUUGCAUGGAGUGUUGUAAUUCUUUAUCAUUUAAAUGUACUUUUCUUGAAAAUAGUAUUUUGUAUUAGUGCUACUUUAUAGAUAGAUAGAUAGAUAGAUAGAUAGAUAGAUAGAUAGAUAGAUAGAUAGAUAGAUAGAUCAUAGACCUAUUUAUCAUGUUGUGAAAUACUGCAUUUUGGGUUUGAACGUUAUUUGACUAAUAAAGAUAAAUAUCUCUUUUCUUUCUUGAAUGUUCUGUUCAUAAAGUUUCUGUUGAGGGUAUUCUUUAUUUUUAAUGAAAGGAGGAUCUGCAGCAAUGGCUUUCCUUUUGUAUAAUCCAAGUAAAACCAAUUUCAUAUUGUGCUGAGAUUAA